AUGUUGGUAACGUGGCGUGAAGGAUCGAAGGGGAUCUUUUCUAUGUUUACAUCUGAACAAGCACCUCCUCCAUUGAUUGGCACCACUUUAUAUGGAGUUUCUCCAUGGGCUACAUAUCUGCUUUUGCUGGUGGAAAGCAAAAGCUAUUCAACUUUCUAUCAGUUUCUCUAUGAAACGUUAAUUAAGAAGGACAAAACUACAGUGGAGCACGCCGUCAAAAAAGCCGCAGCGAAAUCGUCCAUGGCAUUACCGCUUACUAGGCUUGCUGUAUAUCGAUGGGCGGAGUUUGUCACUAUGUGCCCCAAAAGCACCGUAUUUCCUCUAGCUCUGCAGCGUCUUGCGACUGAGGCGUACCGGUUAAAAACUGUGUUGGGGAGGAAGUACAAUUUUGCUAGGCGACUCUUGGACACACCACAAGCGGAAUCAAUCCUAGCAGCCUGUAGAAAGACACUCAGUGAAGCUGAAGAUCCUAAAGGGCUCGCAAAAGCUGUGAAUGGAUGGCUGUUUUGUUCCCAUGAUGUCACGCGCAUGGGAUUUGACUUUUCUGUGUUUGAUCUUGAUUAUCUGCUGCAACUGAUCUUGGCGGAUGACACAGUGGGUGUUUUUAUUGUAUCGUUGUAG